UAGAAUCCCAGAUUCCCCGUUUUUAGUUACCUCCGCUCGGCGCAAACCCUCCCUCGCCGCCGCGUCUCCCGAGAUGGCCGGCGGCGGCGCCUCCCCCUCGCCGGUGGCCGCCUCGGCGGCCCCCGUGCAGGUGCGCUGCGCCGGCUGCCGCGGCGUCCUCGCCGUGGCUCCAGGCAUGACGGAGUUCAUCUGCCCCAAGUGCCGCAUGGCGCAGCGCCUCCCCCCCGAGCUCAUGCCCCCUUCCCCGCCCAAGGCCUCCCCUACUCCGCCGCCGCCGCCUCCCCCUCCGCCUGCGCCUCCCGCUGCCCCUCUACCUCCUCCUCCGCCUCCGCCUCCUCCUCUUCCUUCCCGCCGCUCAGCCCCGCGGGCGCAGGGGGUGGACCCCACGAAGAUCCAGCUGCCCUGCGCGCGCUGCAAGGCCAUUCUCAAUGUGCCCCAUGGCCUCGCCCGCUUCCGCUGCCCCCAGUGCGACGUCGACCUCGCCGUCGACCUCUCCAAGCUCCGCAAUUUCCUCGCCUCCGCCGGUCCAGGCUUCGCCCCGCCUCCGCUGCCGCCGCCACCUCCUCCGCCGAUGCCACCCGUCCCACUGCCGCACAUGCCCUUCCUUCCGAUGAUGCCACAAGUCCCGGUGCCGAUGCCGCCGAUGCCGCCACCCACGGAACUGCCUGAGGAGAUCAAUGAGGUUGCAGUUGAUGUUGAGCGUGAGGAAGAUGAAGGUGGUACUGUUGGGGAAACUUUUAUGGACUAUAGGCCUCCCAAGCUAUCUCUUGGUCUUCCUCAUCCAGACCCUGUAGUAGAAACUUCAUCUUUGUCUGCAGUGCAACCUCCUGAACCUACAUAUGACUUGACUAUUAUGAAUGAAUUGGAAGAGACCAAAGUGUUGUCUUGCUUACAAAUUGAAACAAUUGUGUAUGCUUGUCAGAGACACCUUCAUCAUCUGCCUACUGGUGCUAGAGCAGGCUUCUUUAUUGGUGAUGGAGCUGGUGUUGGUAAAGGCCGUACGAUUGCUGGAUUGAUCUGGGAAAAUUGGAAACAGGGAAGGCAUAAGGCAUUGUGGAUUUCCAUUGGUUCAGACCUGAAAUAUGAUGCUCGUAGAGAUUUGGAUGAUGUUGGUGCAAAAUAUGUGGAAGUGCAUGCUUUAAACAAGCUACCAUAUUCUAAGAUAGAAUCUAAGGCCGUUGGGAUUGCAAAUGGAGUUAUUUUUGUAACUUAUAGUAGCUUGAUAGCAUCCUCUGAGAAAGGCCGUUCCCGUUUGCAGCAGUUGAUAGAGUGGUGUGGAUCUGAGUUCGAUGGUCUUCUAGUGUUUGAUGAGUGCCACAAAGCAAAAAAUCUGAUUCCCGAGGCAGGGAGCCAACCUACUCGCACUGGUAAAGCAGUUCUUGAGAUCCAGGAAAUGUUACCUGAAGCUCGGGUGGUUUACUGCUCAGCAACUGGUGCAUCAGAGCCUCGAAAUCUGGGCUACAUGGUUCGCCUUGGUCUCUGGGGAGAUGGAACAUCAUUUCAGAAUUUUCAGAAGUUUCUAGGUGCUCUCGAGAAAGGUGGUGUGGGUGCUCUUGAACUUGUUGCUAUGGACAUGAAAGCCAGGGGUAUGUACGUUUGCCGAACGCUAAGUUAUAAGGGUGCUGCUUUUGCUGCUGUGGAAGCACCUCUAGAGGAAAGAAUGAUGAAUAUGUAUAGAAAGGCAGCUGAAUUUUGGGCCGAGUUGCGUGUUGAACUUCUUUCAGCAAUUGAAUACUAUGCAGAAGAUAAGGGUAAUUCAUCUCAGAUUUGGCGGUUAUACUGGGCAAGCCAUCAGCGUUUCUUUAGGCAUAUGUGUAUGUCUGCUAAGGUACCUGCUGUCGUGAGAUUAGUGAAAGAAGCCUUAGCAGAAGAAAAAUGUGUGGUGAUUGGUCUGCAAAGCACUGGAGAAGCUCGAACAGAGGAAGCUAUCAGUAAAUAUGGUUUUGAAAUGGAAGACUUUGUUUCUGGUCCAAGGGAGUUGCUUCUUAAGCUGGUAGAUGACAAUUAUCCUUUGCCUCCAAAACCUGAUUGUUUUCAGCAAGGUGAAGAAAAAAUUGCAGAGGCUCAGCGUAAACGGCACUAUGGACCUGAUGUAUCCUUUAAAGGACGAGUUAGGAAACUCGCAAAAAUGGAAGAUCUGAGUGAUGAUGGAAGUGAUGAAUAUUCUCUACCAGAGUCAGAACACGAAUCAACAGAUUCUGAAGAGGAAUUCAAUAUGUGUCAAAUCUGCAACACCGAGGAGGAGAAGACAGCAUUGCUUCAUUGUACUGGUUGCGCUGCACAUGUUCACCCUGGUUGUCUGAUUCCUCCUUGGACUGGUAUGAUAACGGAUGAUUGGUCAUGUUAUUCAUGCAAGGAGAAAUUAGAGAGUUACUUCAAAGAGAGAGAUGCUUACAUAACUGAACUCUCCAAGAGGUAUGAUACUGCAGUGGAAAGGAAAUCAAAUAUUUUACAGAUCAUUCGUUCCUUGGAUUUGCCUAAUAAUCCUCUAGAUGAUAUCAUUGAUCAGCUAGGUGGUCCUGACAAUGUUGCAGAAAUAACCGGACGUCGUGGUAUGCUAAUAAGAGCAUCAGAUGGCAAAGGUGUUGUUUAUCAAGCACGGAACAAGAAAGAUGUAGCCUUGGAUAUGAUUAAUAUUCAUGAAAAGCAGCAGUUUAUGGAUGGAGAAAAGCUUGUUGCAAUAAUAUCAGAAGCAGGAUCAGCUGGUGUUUCUCUGCAUGCUGAUCAACGGGCAAAAAAUCAGAGGAGAAGAGUACACAUAACACUUGAACUUCCUUGGAGUGCAGACCGUGCCAUUCAGCAGUUUGGGAGAACCCAUCGUUCCAAUCAAAAUUCUGCACCUGAAUAUAGGCUUCUUUUUACAAAUCUUGGAGGAGAAAAGCGAUUUGCAUCUAUUGUGGCAAAGAGACUGGAGUCUCUUGGAGCUUUGACACAAGGAGACCGAAGAGCUGGACCAUCACUUAGUGCUUUCAACUAUGACAGCAUUUAUGGAAAGAAAGCCUUGAUGAUGAUGUACAGAGGAAUACUGGAACAGGAUGGUCUUCCAGUUUUGCCUUUAGGAUGCUCUGAGGAUCAAGCUAGCCUCCAAGGAUUCAUCACUAAAGCAAAAGCUGCUUUGGUGUCAGUUGGAAUUAUCAGGGAUGCUAUAAUGUGCAAUGGUAAAAAUGGAGGAAAGCUUACUGGCAGGAUUUUUGAUUCUGAUAUGCAUGACGUUGGCCGUUUCCUCAACCGCAUUCUGGGCUUGGCUCCAGACAUCCAGAAUAGGUUAUUUGAUCUUUUCAUGAGUAUACUUGAUAUAGUCAUUCAGAAUGCACGAAGUGAAGGACAGCUUGAUUCCGGUAUUGUUGAUAUCAAAGCAAAAAGUGUUAAAAUGAAAGAUCCACCGAAGACUGUUCAUGUUGAUAGCUUGUCAGGUGCUUCGACAGUGUUAUUUACUUUCACAAUCGACCGUGGAGUUACUUGGGAGUCGGCAAAUGAAAUACUUGAAGAAAGGCAGAAGGAUGGAGCUGGUUCUUCAGAUGGUGGAUUUUAUGAAUCCAGAAGAGAAUGGAUGGGGCGAAGGCAUUACAUGCUAGCAUUUGAAGGCUCAACAGAAGGAAUGUACAGAGUAAUCCGUCCUGCUGUUGGAGAGGCUUUAAGGGAAAUGCCUUUGGUGGAACUUAAAAGCAAGUACAGGAAGGUUUCAUCAAUAGACAAAAUUGGCAAUGGCUGGCAGGAAGAGUAUGAUGCAUCAUCUAAGCAGUGUAUGCAUGGACCCAAAUGCAAACUUGGAAGCUAUUGCACAGUAGGCAGAAGGUUACAGGAAAUCAAUAUUUUGGGUGGCCUAAUACUUCCUGUAUGGGGCAUUGUAGAAAAGGCACUAGCUAAGCAGGUCCGACAAAUUCACAAGAGGAUACGUGUUGCUCGCUUGGAGACGGAAAAUGAUAAUCAGCGCAUUGUUGGACUGAUGAUUCCAAAUGCAGCUGUGGAGUCAGUAUUAGAAGGUCUGCAAUGGGUCCAGGAUAUUGACGAUUGAUUGACUUGACAAGAAGAAAAUUCAUUUCACAUUCUUUUUGGUGGCGUUGCAAACCGAACCAGUCGUCUGUAAAGUUCUUUUUUUUAAGGGGAAUUCAUAUGUAAAGCUGUGGAGGCAGUCGAGCUCACGAGGUGCACCUUUCCCUUUGGUGGAGCCAGACUGCAGGUACAGGGAGCUUUCUCAACUAGUACCUGGCUUUAGUGAUCACUAGACAGAACGCGCAGCGUUGCUGCGCGUAAUUAUAAAUGGACAAUUUAAUUAUUAGUGAUUGUAA